AUGGAUGUCGAAGCAGUGAGUAGUGAUAAGCUGGUGGCUGAAGCUUUCUCGUCACGACGUCGUUCGAACUCAGUUUCCGAUGAUUAUUCAACACAAAGAACGAAUGAUGAUGCCACUCAAUGCAAAUAUUUUGCAGUUCAGGUGUGUGAAGUUUUCAAUCGUUUUUUCAAUAUUUUAUGAUGUUUAAGAAAGGAUACUGGAAGGACGAGUUUAUCGGACGAUUCGUCAGCGGUGCUAAUGAAGAAACUAGCCGUUUCCCAGAAAUAUCUCUAGGAUAUUGGUGCCGAACGAAAAUAGUUGAGCAGCAUGUCAAACAGUUCAUAAACAAGUUUAGCGGGAAGGUUCAAAUUAUAAGCUUAGGUUUUUUUUUGUUUUUCGAAUAGAUUUUAUAUGUUUACUUUGUGUAGGCAGUGGAUUCGAUACGCUGUUUUGGAGGUUGUCAGCCGAGAAUCUCAAGUUUCUCAAAUUUGUUGAAGUCGACUUCGCAAGCGUCACAUCUCGAAAGAUCCGCAAUAUAAUGAAGCCUGGUACUCCAGAAAUGACGUCAUUCUUCUCGGAAAAACGUAAUUUUGGUCCACAUAUUGAAAUUCAGAAGGAUAUUUAGCCUCUAUCAUCCAUCACACAGAUCUGCACUCUGGAAAUUACCAUUUGAUUGGUGCAGAUUUGCGACAGCUCGGAGAGCUCAACACUAAGUUGGACGCUGCAGAUCUGGACAACUCCAUCCCCACUAUUUGCAUCGCCGAGUAUUUCUCUGGCGGAGGAUUUAAUGCCUGAAAAGGGUUCAGAUGCGUUCUUGUGUACAUGUCCGGAAGCCAUAGUUCGGCAUUGCUCGAAGCCCUCUGCUCACGUUUCAAAAAACUUUCUUUUUUGAAUUAUGAACAGGUUGGAUUUCAAAAGCCUCAGGGAUUUUUUAAUUUUUUUUUUCAUUUUCAGUUCAGAAGCUCCGAUGAGUUCACAAAAGUUAUGGAGGCGAAUCUUGGUAAUCGGGGAAUCCAACUUCACGGCCUCUCAAUGUGUGAGAGUGCUGAUAAGCAAAAAGAAAGGUUCAACUUUUUCAUUUUUCAGUGUAAAUUUUAUCGUUUAGGUUCAAUAUGGCUGGAUUCAGCAGCGUGGAAGUUCAUGACAUGAACGAAGUUUUCAAUAGAAUUCUCGAUCCCGCCGACGCCACGAGGUUCAUUUUUCUUAAACGAGUCUAUUUUAAAUUUUUGCUCUCAGGGUUAAAAAAAUAGAAAUGCUAGACGAGCUGGAAUUACUCUGGCAGCUACUCGCACACUAUUGCGUGGUCUACGCUGAAAAUCAUUAA